CAGGCCAUCCCCGCCCCCCUCAAACAGCCAGUCUUUCGAAACAAGUCAGCCGCCACAGACAAUCCCCCCCACCGCUACCACACAGUGCCGCGUGUCCCGUAUGCCUUCACCCUCUCCGGGGUAGACCUCCGCGUCCGAGUCGGUCCGCGCCUGGAAGCCGCAUAGAGGCGAGGAUGUUGGAAAACGGGAGGAAGGUGCUGAAGGAAGGCGUGCUGGAGAAGAGAAGCGACGGUCUGCUGCAGCUGUGGAAGAAGAAGCUGUGCGUCCUGACCGAGGACGGCGUGCUGCUGCUGCCGCCCAAGCAGCACGAUUCCCCGCAGCAGCACCAGGGCGGCCCCGGGGGGGAGGCGGGCAAAGUCAAGGAGCUCCACUUCGCCAACAUGAAGACGCUGGACUGCGUGGAGCGGAAGGGCAAGUACGUCUACUUCACCGUGGUCAUGGCCGAGGGCAGGGAGAUCGACUUCAGGUGCCCGCAGGACGAAGGCUGGAACGCGGAGAUCACCUUGCAGAUGGUCCGCUACAAGAACCGCCAAGCCAUCCUGGCCGUCAAGUCCACCCGCCAGAAGCAGCAGCUGCUCGUCGUCCACAUGCCCGCUCACAGCCGCAAGACCCUCCGGAGCUCGCCCAAUGUGGCGUGACCUGCGGGCCAGUCGUGCGCCAUCUGCGGUUCCCUGGACACUGGUGGAUGAACAUCAACACACACACACACACACACACACACACACACACACACACACACACACACACACUUUGUCCGGGACUCUUCCACGUGGUGACUUCCUCCUGUCCCCCAGACAGGAAGUGACCUCACCAGAGACUUGACGGACUAAAAAGCACGUGAAGGUGACAUUAUUUAUUACACAUGUAAAUAGUUUUUCUACGGAACAGAAGUGUUGUCGGCACACGCGCAGCCGGGGAAGUGCGCCUCUCUUCAGUCUUAUUAGAACGCUCGUCCUUUUGUUAGCGCUAGCAAACUUCUCCACUUGUGUUCAAAUUCCGUCAGAUGUUACUUUUUAUUUGCCAGUAGAAAUAAAAAAAGAUGGCGUCA